AUGUGGACUGGCAGCGUGUUAUGGCUGCUUUUCUGUUUUCUGCUAAUUCAGGUUGGUUUUUUGAGGGGAAAAAAGAGGAAAAAAAGAAAAACAACUACGGUUUUAAAGGAGCAUGUGGGUGAAAUGUGUGUUGGGUCUCGUGGCGAAGAGUGGCGCGCGCUUGUGUGGAGUUUGAAAAUGUGUUUUUUCUUGUUUUUUUCGGGCAAAAAAAAUUCGCAGCUGAAUAGUUUUGCCACGUCCUUUUCUGGAAUUCUAGUCAAAAAUCGAUAAAAAUAUCGAUUUUCGACUAGAAUUUCAGAAGGAACGCGAAAGCUAUGCCAAAUUUUUCAUUUUUUGCGAAAAAAUCUCUACCAGACCAAAAAAAUGCAUUUUGCAAACAAAAGUCACUCAUAGGUAAACAUUUCUUACAUGUUUACAAGUCCUCGACAUCAAAUUUACACGAACAAAAUUUCAUCUGUUGAUUUCAGCAAAGCCACGCGCAUUUCGACGGCUCACAAUGCGGAAAAUCAAAAAGUUGUCACAUCCCAACAACCUGCCCCGAAAAAUGUCAUGGAAUGGGAGCCGCUUGGAAACUAUUAGACGAUGAUAGUCUAGAACUCGAGCUUUUCGUCAAUUCCAACACAAGUACUGGAAGAUAUGUAGCGAUUGGGUUUUCGGAUGAUGAUAAAAUGGGAAAUGAGCCGGUUAUUGAGUGCUCUUCACUUGGCGAUGAGCCAAUUUCGAUGAAAUUCUCGUUUGAUAAAGUGAAAGGCAAAGGAAAUCAAAGAAUUCCCGGGGAUUUUUCGGAAUAUUUUACAAAAUCUCGCAAUGAAUUUCACGAUGGUAUGAUUUAUUGCAAAUCAAUUGUGAAAAUCUCGGGACAUCCUGAAGUUGCGAAUAUUUUCAAGCAUGAUCCAACCCGGCAAUAUAAUCUAUUGUUGGUCAACGGAUUAACGAAACCCGAUGGAAUUUCGUAUCAUAAGGGAAAGCAAGACGCGAUUGCACCGAAAAUGUUGUUAUCAAAUGUGAGUUGUGGUCUUUGGAAGAUCACUCAUGAGAGUUUUCUUAUCGCGAAAAAUUGUGGUUGCAUCAGAAAAGUUCGAAGUGUGGCAAAAUCAUCAUUUUUUGGCUUAUUUGUACAAAAGAUCAUGAUUAUUUCAUGUUGCAAAAAUUGAGGGUUUGAACCGGAAUUUUCAAUAGAAAUCCGAGAGAAGUACACGAAAAUCAAGUCGUAGCCUAGUCCGAGAGAAGUACACGAGUAAUUUUUGAAGCGAAAUUCUUCAAUUUACGCGCUAAAAAUCGAGUUUUUUGGAAAAAAUUGGAUCGGUGGCCUAGAAACCCAAAUUUCUACGUGGAUUGGUUUUCUAGGCCACCACUUGUCCGGGAGAACUACACAACCUUUUCCCUUGAUGAAAAUUCUAGGCCACCACAUAAAUAUUUCAUGAAUGGCCUAGAAAACCUCAAACAUGACAUAGAAAUCCAAAUUUUUUCCAGACCUCAUAUGGCGCCAUCACACCAACCCAAACCGAAGAAUCGCCAGAUUUUGACAUCUCUUCAGCCGAACUUCAAUCUGAAACUGGAACUCUCGAAAUCUCCGCCUCCCCAGCAAAACUCCAAAAAGCCGCCGCAAUUUCGCCAAAAACCCUUGGACCUUUCGAUUCCUCAAGUUGCGGUAAAUCAAAAGGUUGCACCCAACCAAUCGGUGAUCAAUGUUAUGGUGAACAAGGUGAAGGUUUGGGUGGAAGUUAUCGAAUCUUGUCAGAAAAUCAAAUCGAAUUCGAGAUUUUCGGUCCAGUCAAUGUGAACAUCUCGCAAAAUGUUUAUGUGGCAAUGGGAUUUUCGAAUGACACAAAAAUGAAUGAUAUAAGUGUGAUUGAGUGCUCAAAAAUGCCCGGAGAAACGAAUCCGACGAUGAAAUUCAGUUAUAACCAGGGAUUUGAGAAUGUGAGAAUUGACAAUGAGCCAACGUAUCGUGCGAAAUUGAUUAAUUUGACGAGUUCAAGUAUUCAAGAUGCUCAAAUUUAUUGCAAAGGAAUUGUGAAUGUUGGAGGGAGUUCGGAUAACUCGCGGGUGUUUAAAUGGGACUCGACACAACGAUAUUAUUUGCUUUUUGCUAGUGGACCCACUGAUGGUGAGUUUUUUCUUUGAAAAAUUGUGAAAAAUUGGUCUGGAAACCCGUUGGCCGAGUUUUUAUGGCCUAGAAAUCCAAAAAUUAAAUAUGACCGAGGUUUGAUGGCCUAGAAACCCGAUAUCUUGUUUAUCGUGGCCUAGAAUCCGACUUGGCGGCUUAGGAAUCGCGAAAAUGAGGUUUGGCCGAGUUUUGAUGACCUAGAAAUCCAAAUCUUGUUUUCUCAUGGCCUAGAAUCCGACUUGGCGGCCUAGAAAUCCAAAACUUUAUCUUGACCGAGUUUUGAUGGUCUAGAAACUCGAUAUCUUGUUUAUCGUGGCCUAGGAACCGACUGGGAGGCUUAGGAAUCCCGAAAAUGAGGUUUGGCCGAGUUUUGAUGGCCUAGAAAUCCAGAAAUCAUAAUUUUCAUGGCCUAGAAAUUCAAGUUGAAUUUCUAGGCUAUGACAAAAUCCGAAAAACACUUGAAAUUGAUUAAAAAUAGCUGAAAACUUCCCGAAUCACCCUUAAAAUCUCAAAUAUUUCCAGCUUCUGGCCUCCAUCACCACACUGGCGAUUGCACCUCAGGUUCUCAAAUCUUCCUCGAUCAAGUCGAGCCAAUGUUCGACUCAUCUCAAUGCUCCAAAUCAAAAGCCUGCUUCACACCAACCGAUUGUGGCGAUGACAAUAAUUGCAAUUCAAUUCAAGCCUCCUGGAAAAUCGUGGAUUCGGAACACAUUGAAGUUGAGCUAACUGGAAAUGUGAAUGGAACAAAUUCGUAUAUUGCACUCGGAUUUUCCACAAAUGGAAAAAUGGGAAAUGCAUCGGUCAUUGAUUGCAGUUCAUUUGCCGGCAACAAACAUUCGAUGAGUUUCUCGUAUAAUUUAGUCAAUGGCCAUUAUUUCAACCUACGCCCCACUGCUGAUUUAUCCAAUCUAAUUGCCAAUGAAAGAACUGUAUUGGCCGAUGGUGUUUUGUAUUGUACUGCUGUUUUCAAAGUUGUCGGAGAUGAGAAUGAUCCGGCCAUAUUUAAAUAUGAUCCGAAACAGGAAUAUAAUUUGUUGCUGGCCACUGGAACGACGAAAGUUAAUCGAACUGGUGAGAGAAUUUUAGAAAAUUACAAAAAAAUUCAGAAGAUUUUGAGCAAAAAUCGAGGUUUAUUGAAUAAAAUUACUUCACAAAAUAUUUGUGAAAUUAUUGAAACAGUGAAUUUUUUAUACUUCAAAAAUUCUAUAUUUUUUCUAAAAAUUUCUAGAACCUGAACAAAUUUUUUUUUUGAAAAAAAGUUUCAUCAAAUCUUGCCAAAUUUUCACUGAAAAAAAUUUCACCGUUUCAAAAUUUCUAUAAAUUAAUUUUUGGAUUUUUUUGAGUGAUCUUCAAAUAAUUUCACUAAAAAUCCAUUUAUUUUUGCAGUCAAAAAUAUUUCCAUAAAAUUUCACUGUUUCAAAUUUUGAUUAAUUGAAUUUUUUGCGAUUUUCGAGUUAGUUAAGGAUUCCAACAGAAACCCUGUUUUUCCAGUUGUUGGUCUCAAUUAUCAUUUCACCAAACGAAGUUUGUCAACACCGCAACUUUUGAGCCAAAUUGCAAUCACCACAACAACACCGCCUCCACCAUCAGGAGAUGUGAGUUUUUUCCGUGAUUUUUGGCUCAUUUAGACCCGAAAUUCAUCAAAUUUGGUGUAUUUUCCAUGUUUUUCUGUCACUUAGAUUGUUGUCCGUCAAAAACGUCAAACUUCGUCCAGUCAAGUAAGCAAAAAAGUGUUGUUUUGUGCUUGUGUAGAAAAAAUCCCCUCCCUCUUUUUUUUCUCAAUUUUUUUUCGUUGUCUAACAUGUGAUUGCACCGCGAAAUUUUUAAAUUUGGAAAAAUAUGUUUACGCUAAAAAAUGAAAAAAAAACUUGGUCAAAGUUUUUCACAAAAUUUUUCUAGUCAGGAAAUUUCAUUAGGAAAUUCACUGUUUCAAAUUUUUCACAAUUAAAUUUGCCAAUUUUAAAAAGUAGUUCACUAACAUUCCAAAUUUUAACUUUUAAAAAAUUUCACUGUUUCAAAAAUUUCUUUAAUUUAUUUUUUGGAUUUUUCGAGUGAUCACAUCAUUCAAUUUUAAAAUAAAAAUCCAUUUUUUUUUCAGUCAAAAAUAUUUAAAAUUUCACUGUUUCAAUUUUUUCUCAAUUGAAUUUGUGCGAUUUUCGAGUUAGUUAAAUUUCUUGAAUUUUUCUGCUGAAAUUUGAAUUUUUUACUCAAAAAAAUUUCACUGUUUCAAAAUUUAUCUAAUUUAAUUUUUUCAGUGAUCUGAUUGUUGGAUAAACUCGAAAAAAAUCAUUAAAAUUUCACUGUUUCAAAUUUUGAUUAAUUGAAUAUGUGCGAUUUUCUAAUUAGUUAAGGAUUCAGUCGAAAUUCUUGAAUGUUUUAUGCUUAAAUUUGAAUUUUUCAUUAAAAAAUAUUUCACUGUUUCAAAAUUUCUCUAAUUUAAUUUUUGAAUUUUUUCGAGUGGUCGCGUCUUCAAAUAAUUUUAUGUACUAAAGAUCCAUUUAUUUUUGCAGUCAAAAAUAUUUUUAUGAAAUUUCACUGUUUCAAAUUUUGAUUAAUUGAAAUUAUGCCUUUUUGAAUCAGUCGAUUUUAAAUUCUUGUUUGGAAAUUUGAAAAUUAAUUCGCUAAAUUCCACAUUUUCACUCAAAAAAAUUUCACUGUUUCAAAAUUUCUCUAAUUUAAUUUAUGGAUUUUUUGAGUGAUCGUGUCUUCAAAUAAUUUCACUAAACAUCCAUUUAUUUUUUCAGUCAAAAAAUUUCCAUAAAAUUUCACUGUUUCAAAUUUUGAUUAAUUGAAUUUGUGCGAUUUUCGAAUUGCUUAAUAUUUUUGAAUUUUUUCUGCUGAAAUUUGAAUUUUUCACUCAAAAAUAAUUUCACUGUUUCAUAAUUAUUAUUGAAUUUUUUGGAUUUUUCAGUGAUCUGAUUGUUCGAUACAUUUGAAAAAAAUCAUUAAAAUUUCACUGUUUCAAAUUUUUGUUCAAUUGAAAUUAUGCUUUUUUGAAUCAGUCGAUUUUGAAUUCUUGUUUGGAAACUUGAAAAUUUGUUCGGGAACUCCACAUUUUCACUGAAAAAAUUUCACUGUUUCAAAAUUUCUCUAAUUCAUUUUAUGGGUUUUUUUGAGUGAUCGCGUCUUCGAAUAAUUUCACUGAAAAUCCAUUUAUUUUUGCAGUCAAAAAUAUUUCCAUAAAAUUUCACUGUUUCAAAUUUUGAUUAAUUGAAUUCGUGCCAUUUUCGAAUUGCUUAAUAUUUUUGAAUUAUUUCUGCUGAAAUUUGAAUUUUUCACACAAAAAAUUUCACUGUUUCAAAAUUAUUAUUGCAUUUUUGGAUUUUUGCAGUGAUCUGAUUGUUUGAUACAUUUGAAAAAAAUCAUUAAAAAUUCACUGUUCCAAAUUUUUCUCAAUUGAAAUUGCGAUUUUUUGAAUCAGUCAAGUUUUGAAUCGUUAUGCGGAAAUUUUAAAUUUUUUUCGGAAAAUCCAGAUUUCCACUGAAAAAAAUUUCACACUUUUAAAAAAUUUUUUGAAUUUUUUAUGCUGAUAUUUGAAUUUUUCACUCAAAAAAUUUUUCACUGUUUCAAAUGUUGUUCAAUUAAAAUUGCGAUGUUUUGAAUCAGUCAAGUUUUGAAUUAUUGUACGGAAAUUUGGAAAAUUGUUCGGGAAAUCCACAUUUUCACUAAAAAAAAUUUCUCUAAUUUAAUUUUUGCGAUUUUUUUCGAGUUAUCAAUUAAAUCUUUAAAUAUUAUGUUUAAAAAUCCAUUUUUUUCAGUAAAAAAUAUUUGUACUUAUAAAAUUUCACUGUUUCAAAUUUUGAUUAAUUGAAUUCGUGCCAUUUUCGAUUUGCUUAAUAUUUUUGAAUUUUUUCUGCUGAAAUUUGAAUUUUUCACUCAAAAAAUUUUCACUGUUUCAAAAUUAUUAUUGAAUUUUUGGAUUUUUGCAGUGAUCUGAUUGUUCGAUGAAUGUGAGAAAAAAAAUCAUUAAAAUUUCACUGUUCCAAAUUUUUCUCAAUUGAAAUUUUGGACUAUGUAAAAUCAGUAACGUAAAGCAUUGUGUGAUAUAAGAAAAAUCUUGAAAUUCUUAAAUUUUUCUGCUGAAAUUUGAAAAAAUUGUCAUCGAAUUCCACAUUUUCACUCAAAAAAAUUUCACUGUUUCAAAAUUUAUUCAAUUGAAAAUUUGGAUUUCCUGAGUGAUCCAAUAAUCAGAAAAUCGGUUUCCUAGCCGAAAAAUUCACCAAACCCCUCUAACAAAAUUCCUCUAACUCACUCCCCUCUCAAAUCACCCAAACCCUCCAAUUUUCCAGGCCACCUUCGACUCCUCAACAUGUGGCACCACAAAAGCCUGCUAUACACCAAGUGCAGACGCCACAAUCGCCUAUAAAUUAGCGGAUAAUAAUCAAGAUCUCGAGCUGGAAAUCUCAUCGACCCAAGCUUCUGCCAACGGUGUUUACACAGCUGUUGGAUUUGGAUCGGCUUCUGAAAUGGGUCCGGCAAGUGUUGUUGAAUGCUCGGCACUUCAAGGCCAAGCCUUGUCGAUGAAAUUUUCGGCCAACGAAGCGCGAACAAAUGUCAGAAUUUCUGGAGAAGAAACCAUCAGAUCUCAAUUGAUGUCCAAUGUCGAAACUUCUUAUGUCGAUGGUAAAAUCUAUUGCAAAGCUACGAUUAAGGGAGGUGGAAGUUCGGCUAACUCGCAAAUCUUCAAUUUCCAACCGGACAACAAAUAUUAUCUACUGGUUGCCAAGGGGGCUGCCAGUUCAAGUGGACUCAAUUAUCAUGGACCGAAUGAUCGAUGGAUCUCGUCGCAGAGAUUGUUGUCGGAUACGGGAGCCGGAAAUGCAGGAGGAAAGAGCACCACGUUGCUCAUUUUGCAUGGUGAGUUGGGGAAUCUUGGGAGGGGUUUUGAGGGAUGAAUUUUGACUGAAAAUUGUUGAUUUUCCUGAAAUUCGGAAAUUUACGGAAGUAUGAAAAUUAUCUACAUCAAAAAAUUAAUAUUCAAAAAAUAUUUUUCAAUAUUCUUGAAACAGUGAAAUUUUCGUCGAAUAAGUGUACCAAAAUUAAUUUUCAGUCGAAAAAAUAUCUAAAAAUUUUGAAACAGUAAAUUUUUUAACUCAGAAAAAUCGAGGUUUCAAAUUUCUCAUCGAUUUUUCAAGUUGAAUAAUCCACGUGGCAUAAUUUUUGAUUUCUGCAUCAAAUAGAUUUUUUUCAAAAAUUCUAUGAAAAAUUCAUGAAACAGUGAAAUUUUCUUGAACAUCAUCGUUUGCUUCUACCAAAAUUAAUUUUUAGUUCAAAAAAUAUCUGUAAAUUUUGAAACAGUAAAUUUUUUACCCAGAAAAAUUAGGGUUUCAAAUUUUUCUUUGAUUUUUCAAGCCAAUUUAUUCACGUGGCAUAAUUUUUGCUGAAAAAUUACCACGUCAUAAUACAACGGUCAAUUCAAAAAAGUUUCUAUUUAACAAAUAUUUUUAAAAAUUCUCGAAACAGUGAAAUUAUUCUGGAUUGAUCGUAUCAAAAUUUAUUUUUAGGUCAAGAAAUAUCUGUAAAUUUUGAAACAGUGAAAUUUUCUGACCUAGAAAAAUCGAAGCUCUUCAAUUUCUCAUCGAUUUUUUAGCCCAAAUAAUCCACCCAUCAAACAGUUUUUUUUUCAAAAAUUCUAUAAAAAAUUCAUGAAACAGUGAAAUUUUCCAGCCGUCUUCAUGACUGUCGCCUGGCUUGUAAUGGUCCCAAUCGCUGUCAUAUUCGCCCGUGUCCUUCGAGCAAGUUGGCCCAACACAAAACCCGGUGGUCUUCUGAUUUGGUUCCAAAUUCAUCGAGCCGCCAAUUUGAUUGCCAUCGCUUUGAUGAUUGCCGCUUUUGUGUGUAUUUUGAUCUACAAGAAUUGGAAAUUCCCAAGUGAGUUUUGACGAGGCGAAAACCGACAAAAAUUGACUGUUUCAAAAUUUUGUUUUAAAAAAUGCGGGAUGAUUAUUUAUAGUAUCAAGGUACCGCAUUAUCCGAAAACUUAAAAAUAACUCUGUUUUAAAGCCGUAAUUUUCCACGUGGCAAAAUCUGAAAAUUUUUCAAGAAAUAUCUGAUUAUAAAAAUUUAGAGAAUUUCCCUGAAAAAAAAAUAACUGUUUCAAAAUUUGUUUUAAAAAAAUUGUGUAAUGGUUCUCCUAUUGGACGCGGUGUUUGUACAACUUGAAAAUCCCAAAAAUUUUGGCGUUAAAAAAUACCUGAAAUUUUCUUUGAGAAAAUCGCGAAUUUCUCUGGAAUUUUCGAGUUUUGUCAUCAAAAUAUGGAAUUUUCAUUACCAAAAAUUCACUGUUUCAAAAUUUUGUUUAAAAAAAUGUAGAAUUAUUUUCUCUAGUGACCAUACCGCUUUGAAAGCUUUCUAAAUAAUGUAUUUUUCUUUCGAAAAAAAACUUAUUCAGAGAUUUAUGUGGAAUCUGAGAAUUUUCCUGAAAAAAUUACUGUUUCAAAAAUUGUUUAAUGUUUCUCCUAUUCUAGAUUUUAUGGUAGAAGGAAAACUUGAAAAUUAAAAAAAUUUCUGUAAUUUUCAGCCGAAGGUUGGGGCGGAGCUCAUGCAAUAACCGGAGUCAUCGCUCUGGUUUUGGGAUGGUUGCAACCGAUUAUCAGUGUGUUCCGUUGUGGACCUGCCGACAAAUUACGCCCGAUUUUCAAUAUUACACAUCGUGCGAUUGGAGUUGUGGCACUGUGUUUGGCUAGUGAGUUUUUUGGCGAGGUUUUGGGAGGUUUUUUGAACUUUUCAUGAAAUUUGGGGUCUCGUGGCAUGAAAAAUUCAAAUUUUUUGAUUUUCGCGGUAUUUUCCCCAGUAAUUUUCGCGCCAAAUUCAAAUUUUCCCUCAUUUUGCAGCCACCGCCAUCGCCAUAGCUGGUUAUCAUUUUACACCAACUCGAAACGUCGUGCAAUUAGUCCUGGCUCUCAUCCCAAUUACCGUACUCUUUGGUGUCAGCUACUUUUUCCUUGUCUUCAAUUCUUGCCUCGAAAAAAGUCAGGAAAAUCUGGCGUCCAACUCGACGGCCCCACAAAAUCAUAGCAAUCGACCGAAUGUGGUGCGAGUUGAGCCAAGUUCGAAAUCUCAAACUGCGACCACGUGGACUUUGAAUGGAUCUUCGAAUAGUGAAGAGGAUGCAAUUGUGGCAACACCGCAACGCAUUGUUUGGGUGAGUGCAUUUGGAGCAUUUUGAUACUGAAUUUGGGGGAAAAUCUGGGAAAUUUGGAAAAUUUGAAUCAAACCCGUCAUUUUGAGCCUGAAUUUGACCUGAAUCGCAGGAUUUUUAGUCGGAAAAAACUUGACUUUUGAAAUUUGAAGCAUUUUGAUACUAAACUUGGUAGUUUUGAGAAAUUUCGGAUAAUCUCGAAAAUUCUGAAAAUUUGAGCGAAACCCGUCAUUUUAAACCUGAAUUUGACCUGACUAGAUUUUUGACGAGAAAAAUUCACUGUUUCAAGAUUUUUCUAAUAAAAAAAUUGAAAAAAAACCAUAAUUUUUUCUCAAAAAUUCACUGUUUCAAUAUUUUUUAAAAUAAAAGUCUAAUUUUGCGUUAUUCAGUAAUCAUAUUGAUCUUGUCACAAACGUAUGUUUAGACCAAAAUCAAAAAAAUUAUUAUUUUUUCUAAAUUUUGAAAUUUGGAGCUUGCGGGAGUUUUGAGAAAAUUUGGAAAAAUCUCGAAAAUUUGAGUCAAAUCUGUAUUUUUAGACCGAAAUUUGAUUUGAUUUUCAGAAUUUUAAGAUGAAAAACUAUUUGAAUUCCAGACAUUACAGUAGAUUUUUGACGAGAAAAAUUCACUGUUUCUCAAGUAUUUUAAAUGAAAAAAUUGAAAAAAAUCAUCAUUUUUUCUCAAAAAAAUUCACUGUUUCAAUAUUUUUUUAAAAUAAAAGUUGUGGAGAUCUUUCAAUGUUAAUCAAUAAAUUCGAUAAUAUCUGAAAUUUCUGAAUUUUCAGCAUUGAAUUCGAAAAAUUACAGUAGAUUUUUGGUUAGAAAAAUUCAUUGUUUCAAUAUUUUUCAAAUAAAAAAAAUUCACUGUUUCAAUAUUUUUUUAAUAAAAAUUGUGGAAUUUUUUCAAUAUUAGAUCAGCAAAAUUUAGCUGUAAAUAAAAUCUGGAAUUUCUGAAUUUUCAGCCUUGAAUUCCAGAAAUUACCGUUGAUUUUUGACGAGAAAAAUUCAUUUUUUCAAGAUUUUUUGAAUAAAAAAAUUGAAAAAAAAUCAUAAUUUUUUCCUAAAAAUUCACUGUUUCAAGAUUUUUCAAAUAAAAAAAAUUCACUGUUUCAAUGGUUUUUUAAUAAAAAUUGUGGAGUUUUUUUUUCAAUGUUUGACCAGCAUUAGUGAAUGAAUUCAAUAAAAUGAAAUAUCUGAUUUUUCAGCAUUGAAUUCCAAAAAUUACAGUAGAUUUUUGGUUAGAAAAAUUCACUGUUUCAAUAUUUUUUGAAUAAAAAUUCUGGAGAUCUUUCCAUGUUAGGUCUACUUCAGUGAAUUCAAUAAAAUCUAAAUUUUCAGCCGCACCGUUUCCGCGAAUUCAUUGUCUACGCAGCCGUUUUGGUAUUCAUCGCAAUCGGCGCAAUUCUCUCAACAUUUUUCGCAAAUGCCUUCUAA